AUGACGCCCUUGGAGCCGACCAGCCGCACCAUGUCCCCAGUGUGGAACAUGUCAGUGGCGUGGGUGGCGCCCACUAUACAAGAAUGGCUGCCAUCGUGGGAGCAACCGGGACCGGUUUGGGUCGUGAGCGCGUGCGGGGCCGUACCCAGUGGGGCGGUGGCGGCUGGCGUUUUCGACGGGGAGGUCACAUGGGUCGCGAGGACUACGCACAAAUGCAACGUGCUACCUGCCGCUCUACACCCAUCUAAGCACUGCUGUCUUGUCUACGCCGACGGAGCCGUCCAUCACUACACCAAGUAUCAAGUGAUGUGCAACGCCGAAGUAUCGUGGGUAGCCUGGCGCGCGGGCGCGGUGGGCGCGCGUGCAGUGCGCGUGGCGAGCGGCGUGCACGUGGGCCGCGUGCACUACCGCGGCUCGCACCUGCUCGGCGCCGUGCACGCGCCGUCCUUCCGCUGCCACGUCGUCAUCUUCGGCAGACCCUUCGCCUUCAACUGCUACGAACUCCUGGUCUUGACUGGGGGGGAUGGUGAAAAAUAGUGAUCUGAAUUCGCGGACGCGUUUGAAAUUCGUUGUUGAGAUUUUGAGGUCACACCCUCAAAGGGGACGUAAAUUUUAACUGAUUUAUAACAAAGCACACGGUGUAAACGCGGCGCUGCGCAUACGCAGCAUGAUAGUUAGGGUUUGGCAAUUCGCUGAGUGACGCGACGUGUGUUGUCAAAUCCAUGUCGCGCCCUGCCAUGGCCGCUGCGUUGUACCUAGUCUUUAUGAUUUUUCUAUCUGAAUAUCAUAGUCGCGAAAUAAAUGAAAACAUUUGAAUAAAUAUUCGAGCGGUUAUAAAAAAGUGGACCGCUCUUUUGGGAAUGACUGACAAGUUUACA